CAUUCAACGGCCUCCUCCAUUUCUCUUCUAACCAACCAGUAGAAGCCGAGAAGUAAUCGCUGCACCAGAAACAGCGGAAAUGAAGAGCCUUUCUUUCUUCUUCUUCUUCAUCUUCAUAAUCUCUGUUUUCCCCUUUCUCUGUUUCUCUUUCAAUCCAGAGUCUCCGACGGAUCGCCGAGUUUUAGUAUUACUGGAUGAUUUCUCACUCAAAUAUUCUCACUCCAUUUUCUUCAACUCCCUCAAAUCCCGCUGCCUAAACCUCGAAUUCAAACUCUCCGACGAUCCUUCUCUCUCCCUCCAACGCUACGGCCAGUAUCUCUACGACGCCUUGAUCCUCUUCUGUCCUUCCACCAAAAAGUUUGGCGGAUCUUUGGAUUUGACAGCUGUGAUUGAUUUUGUUGACUCAGGUCACGACUUGAUACUAGCUGCUGAUUCGACUGCAUCUGAUUUGAUUAAAAACAUUGCUACUGAAUGUGGAGUUGAUUUCGAUGAGGAUUCAUCUGCAAUGGUUAUUGAUCACAAAAGCUAUGCAAUUUCCGGAACUGAGGGUGACCAUUCAUUGAUUGUCAGUGAUGAUUUUAUCCAGUCUGGCGCCAUUUUAGGAAAAACCAAAAUUGAGGCGCCAGUGCUUUUUAAAGGGAUUGCACAUUCAGUAAAUUCGGCCAACAGCUUGGUUUUAAAGGUGCUAUCUGCGUCCCCUUCAGCCUAUUCUGCUAACCCGGAAUCCAAAUUGUUGAACCCUCCAUUGCUUACUGGAUCUGCCAUUUCAUUGGUCUCAGUUGUACAGGCCAGAAAUAAUGCUCGGAUUAUGAUCGCUGGCUCUUUAGAUUUAUUCAGUAACCGGCUAUUAAGAACUGCCGUGCAGAAAGCUGGGAGCCAAGAUAAAUAUCACAAAUCAGGAAAUGAACAGUUUGUAACGGAAAUUAGCAAAUGGGUCUUUCAUGAAAGGGGUCAUUUGAAGGCUGUUAAUCUCAGACACCUCAGAGUUGGGGAAACAGAUGAGCCUGCAAUGUAUAGGAUCAAAGAUGACCUGAAAUUCUCUGUUGAGAUACAUGAGUGGUCUGGAAAGAACUGGGAGCCCUAUGUGGCAGAUGAUGUUCAGGUCCAGUUUUACAUGAUGAGCUCUUACGUGCUGAAAACACUAUCAACCAACGGGAAGGGUUUGUACCUUGCAUCAUUCAAGGUGCCUGAUGUUUAUGGGGUAUUUCAGUUUAAGGUUGACUAUCACAGGCUUGGUUACACUAGCUUAUCUCUUUCCAAACAGAUUCCAGUUCGACCCUUCAGACACAAUGAAUACGAGAGAUUUAUAACAACUGCUUUCCCAUAUUAUGGAGCUUCUUUUACCAUGAUGGCAGGAUUCUUUAUCUUCAGCAUACUGUUCCUGUAUAACAAGUAAGACCUGUCAAUUGAAAUAAAUUGUCUAAUCAUCACCAUAGUCGUUUGGGUUCUUUUUGAAGCAAAAAGAGAAACAGAUCAUCCUUCUCUUCACUCAACAAAUAUCUAUAUUUAGAUUGGAUUAUACAGAGCUUUUCCAGGGUUAGAUUUCAGAAUUUUCAUCUUUUGACAAGACUGUUUAAACCUAUGACGGCAACUUUAUAUUGUUGAGUUGAAUUUGUCAUAUGAUAGUGAACUUGAACUCCAUUGAAUGGAACAUGACAAAGGAAGAA